AGAGAGGACAAAAAAAAAAUAGCGAUACAGUGACUGAGAGGGGCCGCGUCGGACAUCAAGCGAGGCAGCUUUAGCGUUCUCAAAGUCGUUUCUGUGUCAAUCAGCGGUGCUAUAUAUUACACCAUUCUUUAUUUCUCAUUGGCGAUUAAAUUCAUGGAAAGAAAGUUUACUUCUGCGUAAAUGAAUUCCCGAUUGCAUCGGCUCUCAGUCUUUGGAAUUGGAUCAGUCGUUGUGCAUUGUGUCUCCAAGCCAUUACACGACCAGAAAGCGUAUUCAUUGUUCUGAUGUAAAGACAAUCAUCUCGCACUUGAACAAGGAAUUAGCCGCGGACCGCCUGAACCAACUUCCAAGUGUGCCACAAGGUAUUAGGCUCGCAAACAUCUCAAAUGAUAUAUUGGCAUCACGUGAUCAAGUUCAGCCAGUGCUGACGUCACUCGGUACAAGAUAUUUCCAAUGCGCACCACCUAUGGACUUAAUAGAACUCUCUGCCAAUCCUGCGGCUUGUGACCAGAGGCUCCUAAUUUCUAUUGGUCUAUAGCACCGGAAACACGCCUAGACCAAACAGAAUAACAUUCUUAUAGUACACUCUCUGUUACGUGUUUCCGGCCCUCCAUUGAUCGAUUGGUUAAUCCCCUAGAAGACCUCGAUAUGCUCAAGCAUUGGAUUGUGAUUCUUCAGCAAAGCGUAGCACCGGGCCGGAAACUCUAUUCACAGUAUCAUGUCGUAUCGACACGGCUCUAGAGGUUUUAAGUCAAGGAAGUUGGCGUAGCUUGAACGACGUAGAGGGGAGCUCAACACGACAAAUAGCGCGCAGAGAAAGCCAGUUUUUUUUUUGUGUGUGUAUUCUUUCGCUUCAUCGCAAGUAAAUCUACUCAGCGAUUUUCAGGCUUUCAACCUGUAUUUUAUUUUUGUCGCACGACGUUAUAUUUGAGCUGAGGGCGUAAAAAGAAGGGAGACAAUACAUGAAAUGCAAACGGACAUAUCGGAACAGAAAUGAAUAUUGGAUCGUCUCCCUUAGUACGGAUUGCCCAAGUCUUUUGCUUGUUUUCGUUUCUACUGUCUGUCCGCCAGUGUGUCCGGGAAGGAGACUACCGAAGGAAGCACCCUAGCUGCAAUUUUCCAAGCUUUCUGCAGUCGAAGGACCCAGGCUACGGUGAUUGGACUUGGAAAUAUGGCGGAGCAACGCACGUGGGGAAGGUCAAGGGAGGGGUCUACACCAUCUGCUCCAAGGUAUACUCGAAGGAAAGCAGUGGUCAGUUUGAGGAAACCUGUCCGGACAAUGAAAAAUCUAGAAUCUGCGUCAAGCAACAUGGAAAUAAGUAUGCUGUCCAGCAUGGGGAGGGCAGACCAAAGUUUCAGUGCAUUGAAUUCAUUGUCCGAAGCAGGACCGUCAUCCAACUUGCCCUCUCGGACAUAGAUGUUAAUGAAUCAACCAUCUGUAACCAUAACAUGACAGUUGACCACUCACCUUGGAUCUCUGUCAGAUAUUCACUACAAGGUCGAGUCAACUGCCCUUUCAUUGGCGGAUACAACUUCCACGAGAUUCACGAAUUCUCCAAAGACCACCAACAACAAAGAACAGACUGCAAGAGAAGCUCCAGCCUCGAUGUGAAGCCUUCCGUCAGGAUAGAAAGCGACUGUGUGGACAAAGAAGGGAUCAAACUCUUGUUCAGGGACGAGAAGUGCGUGCCAGACAGGAGUUACUUCACCUUGGAACAGCGCCUCGUGUGUGUGGCUUCCUGGGAGAUGGACGGCCACGGGUUCUCGGUGCUCAAGAAAGACAAGGGGGAAUUUGCGUUUUACUGUAUACGUGUGGAAUUUAAAGAUGGCCAGAUAAGUAAGAUUGUCCUUUACCUGGACUGGGAGUGUUACAGAGCCACUGACCUCUCCUCACCUGACGGUAAAGUAAGACUGGGCUACUCAACAUCCUACGUUGAAAUCACGCACUCGGAGAAGCAUCUCUUCUCUAUUCCAUGCAAGCCAGGCAUCAGGUCGUGUAGUGAUCUCAAACAGCAUCAGCGUCGCCAGCACCACCAUCAGCAACAGCAUCACCACCAGCAACAGCACCAUCUAGCUCGCUCGGAUGUGGACACUUGCCAGUACUGCCUCAACAACACCGGCUUCACGUGCGACGUCAACUAUAUGGUGGUCAACACCUGGACAGUGCGGGAGCCCUACAGCCUCAUGUACAACUUAUCGAUUUUUCCGACUUCCGUUGCUCAUCCAAAUUUAGGCAACCUUCAGUGUGUGACCUUUGACCCUAGGCAACAAGUCGCCAUGAGAUCCAUACUUUGGGGUGUGUACGAGAACGGCUGCUACCCCAGGUUUAUGUGCAUGUACUACGACACGCCGUACACCAACAUCCUCCGCUACAGACUCAGCAACGUCCUCCAGUGGCCGGUCAGUCUGAAUGACGAGGACAUUUGUCAUGAGCUCAACUUCGUCACCCAGCCGGACUUCCAUGAUCCCAAGGACAAAUACGAAGAAAGUCCCUGGCACAUAGCGUUUGCUCACAAUGGCUACUUCCGCCACAGAAUCUGUAUCAUCCCAUCAUGGUUACCAGACAGCGUUUCCUUCGUUGACCACAGAAACAGAACAGGAUGCAUUACAUUCAGGUCUCGGUGGUCAUCCAAGCGUAUCUCACUACAUCACGUGGACAAGUACCAAAAUGGCAGCUACAUAGAAUUCAACCAUGACCAGUCGCAAAACUUUUACUGUUUAGCGGCCUUGAGUUUUCUGAGCACUUACAAGACUUCCAUCACACAGACUGCUGGUCACGUGGAUGAGUUCCUCUGUUGGAUGUACAUCGACUCUCAAACGGUGAUCGUCAUCAGGACCUCCUCCUGCAACAAGCAGACCGCUGACGGGAUUCUCAAAAGGGAGGACAAGUACCUCCCCCACCUGCACUGGCUCCUGCGGCUAGACACGGGGGACCCGGAUAUCAGGGACGAGUGCCAAAGGCUGCACCACGAUCAGGAGGUCAGGUGGCAGGAGCAGCUCUGGAGCGAGGUCUACACCACCUCGGGGGAGGGCGACAGGAGAUCCAACUCGAGAAACUCCAGUCAGGGCGCCCUGUACGGACAUUUAGGCGCCAUGUUUCUUUCACUAUGCAUAACAGUAUCAGUGUUCCAAGUUGUAGAUAUUUUAUUGACUUCUAUUCAGGGUGUACAUUUCUAUAGGAAAACAUUGACUGCUUGUUUAAGAACAACUCUAGGCAAGACCACAUUACAUCUACAUUUUAUAAAUAAAUUUUGGCCCGGAAGGAUUCAUUGCUAGCAUUAGAUGUCUUAUGCACCUCUGAGGUCAACAAUCUAGUAAUGUGGACAACAAUAAAUCGAAUUUGUGCAAGUCCAGAUACUGCACGCUCAUCAGCGCUGGCACUGUAGAAUUUCGCACAAUCACAAUUCGAGUUAAGAAAGGACUUUCUCGUUCUGGCAAAUGAGCUUUACUUGUAUGACGCUAAAGCAAUUGCAUGCUCACUAUAGACUUCCAACAUAUACUCGUAAUUUCUAUUAUUAGAAUGGGCUUAUGAGGCUAACUGAGAAAGUGGACGAUUGCCCUUCUCGCCAAAUUUGAAAUGAAGAUAAAAAAUAUACAGAUCUAUAAAUAGCACUACGCAAGGAGAAAAACUCUGGAGUUGACAGUAGUGCCUUGAUUAUUUAAAACUUGAAAUUAUGAAUCAAAGUCGACUGUUAUCUACAUCUUUAUUCAAAAGUACAGUAGCUGACACUAACUUAUCUCCCUUUAAUAGUUGUAAACAAAUUAUUUUAAAAUGUGUUUACUUCUAGACGUCAAUGAAUAUUAUUGUCACUAUAAGUUGAAUAAUGCUGGCGUUAUGUUCUUUGUCUAGAAGUUCUGGAAGCUCCAUGAAUACUAUUGUCACUAUAAUAAGUUGGAUAAUGCUGGCGUUAUGUUCUUUGUCUGUCUAGAAGUCCUAGAAGUUUCAUUCUUAGAACACUUUGACAUCUAUAAGGCGCUAGGUGUUUCAUGAGUGCAAAUAGCCAGGAGGAGAUCGCUAGAGCUUAAAAGCUCAACUCACUAAUAAUAAUCAUCUCAUUGAGAUUUGUUAAUAUCUAUUGAAAUACUAUUCAUAAUAUCAAUAGCAUCAACAUUUCAGUAUUUUUUAAAAUAAUGAUCAACUUGCGAUUCGUACUUUUUAUAUACAUUUGUAUCUAAUAGUGCUAACUAAAAAAUGUCAAUACAUGAUUUAUUUCCCUUGUUGUUGUUUAUUUUUCAAUACCAUAAUGUAGCUGUUAAUGCCAGUGUAUGCUGGAACUAGGAGUGUAAGGAAAUAUAGCAUAUUCUCGGAGAUGGACAGCUGCCUGGUCGAGUGGCCUGCGCUCCGGACAAUCAACAUGAUGGACCCGGGUCCGAACCUGGGAAAAGUUUGAGCUGGAACCUAAUAUUUUCAGUUCUGAACACCCUUAAGAAACCUUUCAAAAAAUUUGUAAAGACACAUGAAAAUUAAAGAAGGCUAUUGAAAAGUUUUGAAGUCAGUAUUAGUGCUAUGAUAUUUUUAUGAUUGAUGCAGCCUUGUUGUCAUCCCGGUACCACAUGCAAUACAUAUGUUGUUGUGCUUUUUCAUACUUUUUAAACAUGGCAAAAACAAAGGGGGGAGGGGGGCUGUUGAGAUAAAACUGUAACGUGAAUUGUCACGUGAUUGUGAUCAUGUGAUGGGCAUAUCAAUGUCAGUGACGGAAAGUUGGUGACAUGCUUUGUCGGCUUUUAAUGAUUUAAGCCCGUGGAGUCUGGGAGCGCAUGAGGCGCCCUGACCGCACUUCCCCGUGGUGGAGGCUGUCCAGGCCUGAGCAAGCUAUUAUAGCACAGUGCAGGACAGGCCACUGUCCUGUUGGCUCAUAUUUCUCGCGGUUAUGGCCAAAUUUCGAUUCACGGUGCCCUCGCUGCGGGGAAGAAGAGGAAACCGUGCCUCAUAUUAUGUUUGACUGCCCCAGACUUGCUGAUCUCCGUCUCGACAGGUCUGGGAAACCCAAAAUUCUCGACCUGUAUGGCGACAUUCAUGCACUACGCAAGACAGCAGGGUUUCUGUCCAGGGCUUUUGCAAGAGAAGAUUUGAGCCUCUCAAGCCCUCACUCUAAUGGAGUUUGAUGAUGAUGAUGAUGAAUGAUUUAAGCAUAAA